AUGGGCAACAGCAACCAGCUUCCCAUGCCUCCUCCCAUGUCUCCCUUUGAGCAGACGGGAGCGCACGUCAUCAUCCAUGACACCGACGCCACCAACAACCAAAAUGACAACCAGCAGUCCCAAAUACAACAGUCACAACGACAACAAACCCUCGACCCCUCCUUCCUCGGCUCUCACUCCCGCCAGUCCUCCUCCGCAACCGUAACCGGAGACCUGGACCCCGUCUCUUCUCGUACAUCCGGCACCUACGCCGGCAGCCCAGGCGACGGCUAUGAGAAGGAAGGAAGAGAAGGACGCACCAACACAGAUUACCUCUCGGGAGGCGGAGGCGGUGGUGAUUUCUCCCUCAACCCCAGUGCUGGUUCUUCCCAGCUGGCUCUGAACUCCAACAACGAGAAGUCCAGGGCCAGGGGGGGCAACCAUGGUGGACACAUGUCCGGCGCCGCCAUCAACGACGGCAACCCCAGCGACGACGACGACACAGACGUGGAAGAAGGAAACAUUACUUCUACUCACCACAAGGGACAUCUCGACCCGUACGAUCCAUCAAGGCCUAAGCUGCCUCUAAGGAGCAGACUCAAACACUUCACCUGGGCGUGGUACACGCUCUGCAUGUCCACGGGCGGUUUAUCGUUGUUAAUCGCCGCGCAACCACACACCUUCCCCGGACUCCGCCAGAUCGGUCUAGCAGUGUACAUCAUCAACCUGAUCAUCUUUGUCCUGUUGACUUCCCUCCAAGUCACCCGCUUCUUGCUACAUCAGGGCACCUUCAAGGCCUCCCUCACGCACCCUCGCGAAGGGUUUUUCUUCCCCACCUUUUUCUUGAGCAUCGCCACCCUCAUCACCUCAACCCAGAAAUACGGCACCCCCGUUGGCGGAAUCCCGUCCGUGGAUCUGGUCUGGGUGCUGCACAUUGCUUUCUGGAUCUACCUGGUACUGGCGACGGCCGUGGCCGUCGGGCAGUACUCGUUUCUGUUUUCCCAAAAAAGAACGUUUGAGCUCAAGACCAUGAUGCCCACCUGGAUCUUGCCCAUCUUCCCCGUCAUGCUCUCGGGGACCAUCGCGGCGGUGAUCAGUCCUUUCCAGCCGGCGCCCAGGGCAAUCAUCAUCGUCUGCGCCGGCUUGACGUGCCAGGGUCUGGGCGUGGCCGUGGCAUUCAUGAUGUACGCGCACAUGGUCGGCCGACUAAUGUCCGUGGGACUUCCCUGCCGCGAGCACCGCCCGGGCUUGUUCAUGUGCGUCGGCCCUCCCAGCUUCACCGCGCUCGCCUUUUUGGGCAUGGCGCAGGGCCUGCCGAGGGACUUCGACCACGACAUGGACGGGCUGAUGGACGCCAAGAUCAUCUACACCAUGGCGAUCAUCGGCGCGGUGUUUUUGUGGGCGCUGGCGUUCUGGUGGUUCUUUAUCGGCGUGCUUGCGGUUUUGGCAAGCAGACCAAAGUACUUCCAUCUGGGAUGGUGGGCGAGCGUGUUUCCCAACACCGGGUUCACGCUGGCUACCAUCAGCAUCGGAAACGCGUUCCAGAGCGAGGCGGUGCUGUGGGUGGGCACCGCCAUGAGUAUCUGUUUGUUGUGCACUUACCUUUUUGUGCUGGGACAUCAUAUCCGGGCGGUGGUGGUGCAGGAUAUUUGUUAUCCGGGACGGGAUGAGGAUGUGGAGGAUCAUUAG